UUCUUACCUAUCUUUUUCAUUAAAAUCAAAUUAGAAAACUUGUUCCUUUCCAUUUCUUCUACUACAACUUGCCUUGUAACCUUCAUUGCCAUACCAAAAAACCGAAAUUGCCUUUGCCCCCUCCACCUUUAGCCAAAGAAGGAAAAAAGAAAAAGCAUGCAUUUGGGCUUAUUAUCACAAGAACGAUUAUCAUUUGACCCUAUAAAGCCAUUGAUUCUUCGUGGACCACCAUCAGAAAACGCCUCUUCCGUCUUUACAGGCAAUGUUGUACUUUCAUUAGCCAAGACAACAAAAGUGAAUUCGAUUACCGUUACUUUUAAAUCAACAGCCACUACUUACUGGCCUGAAGGCAUUGGCGCACGUGGAACACGUUUAACACACGAAAAGGUCUUGAGUGAAGAAACUGUCCAGAUCUUGAAAACGAACAAGGACGAAUAUAUCAAGCUUCCUUCUGGGGUCCAUAGAUUUCCAUUCGCCUUUAUUGUUCCUAAUUCUAUUGUAGAAACGAUUGAAGAUGUCUAUGGCAGAGUACGACAUACCGUAGAUGCCAGAGUUAUUGGUCCAGGCAUACAGCUCUUGAACAACUGGCACAUUUCGAAACCUGUUCUUGUAUUACGAGCCUACAUGUCCGAUUCGCUCUUAACCAACAAUUCAUUGCAAGAUUUGUCUCGUACUUAUGAAAAACAUUUACCCGCUGCUGAUAUACAAUUAGUAGUUGAAAGGGCUGCCUUUUCUUCAGGCGAUCUUUUCCAUUUAAAGUUAAUUGUACAACCUCAACGUAAGAGAGUCCGUUUGGACCACGUGGAAUUGACAGUUACCGAGAAUCGAAGAUAUCAUGUGUCAGAAGUGCGUGCGAACAGAACUGAUUCUGAGCAGUUUACUUUACCUUACUUGGCAUCCGUCAAACUAGCUGAAGGUGGAGAAAUUGCGAUACCAGGAACAGAAGGGGAUCUAAGAUCUGUAUUUUCAAAGCAUGGACGAGGUGUGGAUUUGACGGAUACGAUAGCCUACCGUAUUACCUUUGCCACCCCCACUUGCAUGCGUAAUAUCCAUCACACAACCUACUUUAAAGACAUACUCUUCAAGCACCAUCUCAACAUUACAUUAACUAUUUCUUUUGUGGACAAUCAGUUAACAGCUGAAGCUCAACGACCCCAAUCACAACCACCAUCUGCGAAUAGCAGUAGCAGCAGUCUGAAUGAAGAUAUGGCAAAUGUACAAAGAACGGUCGCUUUGCCUGUUUCGAUGGGUGCCACUCAAGAAAAUCACCCCAUGGGCUCCGCUGAUAUGGAUCAAGGAGCGACGGAUGCUCUACAGGCGAUGCUCCCUCCUCCGCCUCCCGCUGCAUACACAGCGUUUUCAUCCCAUCUUCACCAUAGACAGCCGGCCUCUGCUCCCGUCAGUAAUCCUUCUACGCCGCCUGCUACUUCAUCUGUACAUCCCUACAACUUGAGUAGCAGUAGCUUGAAUACAUCCGAUCAUCACCCUACAAAUAACGCACAUCCUAGUAUCAACAACAAUCACUCGGGUGCACAUUCGCAUCAGCAGCAACAUCAGUCACAACACCAGGCACAUGCUCAGUCCACAUGGCUUUCCAAGUUACGAAAACCUGUCAAUGCGAAAGAAAACGGCACUCACGUCAUUAGAAAGCGUGAGACGAUCCGGCUGGAGACACCUAUUACUGUUUUCGAUUGUCGUUUGAAAGAAGACUAUGGCCGAUUACCCUCCUAUUCAGAAUUGAACGUCACGACCAACCCUUCUCAUAACGAUGAUAAGAAUAAGAUGAUGGCCGAUUUGAUGGAGCAGGAUUUAUUGCAAGUCAUUUCAGAGCCGACAGCACAUGCUGCUGCAGAUAUCCAUCCACAACAUAAAGAAUUCACUUCAGUCGCUGAAUUACAACCUCAAUUAUGCCCUUGUUAUUUCAAGUUUCGUCGCCAAAUGGAUAUGGCCGCUCAAGCUCAAUUAUUACAAGCUGCUUCUAAUGAAAACUCUUCGUUGCAACUUGAAAGGAUACCUUCUAUUCCUCCACCAGAUUAUGUGGAAACAACCAGUACCUAACUUUAGUCACUUUACAUAUCAAAUAUCAUACCCCCUCCCCAUCCUCACUUUGGUUGUC